GCCGCCGCGGCCGCCUCCUUUGGCGCCUCCCACUACAAGCAGGUGCUGGGUCUGAGCUACCUCUUCUACGAGGCGCAGCGCAGCGGGGCCCUGCCCGCCAGCAACCGCGUGGGCUGGCGGCGGUCCUGCAACCUGCGGGACCGCGUGGUGGGGGGGUAUCUCGACGCGGGAGAUACCAUCAAGCACGGCCUCACCACCGCAGAGACGGUCACCUUCCUGGCCUGGGCAGCCCUGGACUUCAGGCAGGGACACGCGACAGCGGCCCAGGUGGGGCACGCCAAGCGGGCGGUCAAGUGGGGCGCAGACUACCUGGCCGCCUGCCGUACCGGGCGGGACCAGUUUGUGGGGCUCAUCGGCGACCCAGAUGUGGACCACUCGUAUUGGGGGCGCCCAGAUGAGUACACAGGGGAGAGGCGGGCCUACCUGUGGAACCGCACCACGCCUGCCUCCGACCUGCUGGGCAUGACUUCCGCGGCGCUCGCCUCGGCCAGCAUAUUGCUGCGCCCGGACAACGCCACCCACGCCAACCUGCUGCUGGCGCGGGCCAAGCAGCUUUAUCAGUGGGGCGCUGACGUGCCAGGUAUCUACAGCAGCAGCUUCCCUGGAUAUCCCGACGUCUACAAGUCCUCCAGAUACCUCGACAAGCUCAUGCUGGCCGCCGCCUGGCUGCACCGCGCCACCGGCAACACCACCUACCUGGCCCAGGCACACAAGCACUACAACGACGCGGGCGGGCGCUGGCAGAUGGCCCCCUACAUCUCCUGGCGCAUCGCUGGCGCAUUGCUGACGCAUCGAUUGCGGGAGCCAGACACUGCUGGUUGGCACGGAGGCUGCUGCCCCUGCUCCUCCCCGCCCAGGAUGGCCCACGUGCACCCACCGCGCCGCCGUUCCUCCUGCCUCCCGCCCCUGCUUCCGCAGUGGGGCAACCUGCGCCACGCCACCAACGUCGCGUUCUUCGCCCUGCUCUAUGCACAGCACCUGCCCGAGGGCACUCGGAACCGCGCCGCCGCCAUCGCCCUGGCCAAGUCCCAGGUCGAUUAUGCCCUCGGCUCCGCCGGCAGGAGCUACGUGGUGGGGUGGGGCACCAACCCGCCGCUCAGGUGCCACCAUCGGGGUGCUUCCUGCCCUGACCGCCCAGCACCCUGCGGCUGGGAUGCCUUCAACAACCCAGGCCCCAACCCCCAGGCACGCCCCCCGGCUCCAUGCCUUGCAUGGCACCACUCGCCACUUCCCACGCUGUCCUGCCUGAUUGCACUCGCCCUCCUGCAGGUGCUGAAGGGUGCGCUGGUGGCGGGGCCAAAGGGGCCUGGCGAUGAUUCCUACCAGGAUGUCAGGCCCGACUACGUCGGAAACGAGGUCGCCAUCGACUACAAUGCCGGCUUCACUGGCGCCCUGGCGGGCCUGCUCCAG